GUUUCGCUCGCUGUUGGAGACGUGAAUUUUGUGAUCGAAGCACUACAGCUGAGCGAGCAUGUGGGUGUCGGUGGCUUACCGCUAACUCCACUUCAUAAACGGGUCACCAAUAACGUCUUGGUGGUGAACAGCGAUGGCAGCUACUUUACGGUUUACGACGAGACACUUCGUAUUGGUGGAGAACGUCAUCAAGUGAUCAACUCGCUGGCAAUCGAGAACGGCAAGGAUAUAGAUAAGGCUUUUCAAUUGUCCUUCCUUGAGCCCGGCAUGCGGGUACGAAUUCAUCCUUUGAGAGGUCGACCUCAAUCGGUGUUCUUCAAGAGCUGCUCGAUGAGACUCGUGGAGACUAUCGAUUCAGGAAUUCCAGAACUACAAGUCGAUCCCGACAACUACGAGGACACCAGCGGCUACGAUCGCAGCUACGCCAAAUGGAUCAUCGGUCUUGACUGGACGGGCUACAUUGACUUAUAA